AUGAAAUGUAAUCCGCAUCCACCUCACCUUUCUUGCUUCACCUCACAUCCCCACUGUCAUUCUCUCACUCCUCGAUCCUCUUCCAACAAACAAUCUGCCAAUUCCUCUAGACGCUCAAUUCUCUUAGACGUCCGAUUCCCUUUGUUUAACUCCGCGAACGAACCCCGCCACCUACACGACGAUUCACGACCACAAUAGAGAAAGAAGUACGGUAGAGCAAGAUGUCGAAACAAUUCUCCACCGCAGACGUAGCGUCGCACAAGGAUGCCGAGAGCGGGAUGUAUAUUAUUAUCGAUGAGAAUGUUUAUGAUGUUACUGGAUUCGUAGACGAACAUCCCGGCGGCGCAAAGAUCCUCAAACGCGUAGCGGGCAAGGACGCCACGAAGCAAUUUUGGAAAUACCAUAAUGAGAGUGUGUUGAAGAAGUAUAGUCCGAAAUUGAAGAUUGGGAGUGUGGGGGAGAAGGCUAAGUUGUAGGUUUGCUUUGAUGGUUCGGUGGGUGAGGGGAUAGGAUAGAUGGUGGGAGAAGGUAGAUGGAGGGGUGGCGUUGUGGGGAUUUUGUAUUGAGCUGUGAAUAUGCAUACAGGACAGAGAUACAGAAUAGAAGAACGUCUGCGCAAAAUUACU